UUGGCAACGGAAACAGACUGCUAGGAGGCGUAGUCUAGUUCGCUGUUUUCGGAUCUAGAGACUGUCGAUCGAUGUUUGGGAGAAUCUUACGGACGUAAGGCACGAAAUAACGAAUAUAAGCGCAUAAAGAGUGUUAAUUUAAGCAUUGGGCUAUCUAAUCGCGUAAUUUAAAGCGACGCUUACCUUGUUCAGUAGGGAAAUUUGUUCUACGUUAAAUAGGGGGAUGCUGCAGUCGGUGUCUUGGAGCUCGACACAAUCGCUCAAUUUUAUGUUGUGUUUACUGCAAAUAAGCUUUAUGAUAAGAGAAAACGCCUGCAGAAUAUGUCAGUCUCGACCGAAUCAUUUUCAAAGAUACUGAAUUUAAAAUAUACCACAUAUUUUAGUAGUUUCCUGCACCGCGUAACGUUAGACGCCUGAAGGUUUUUAUUUAGCUUGUAUUGUGUUCAUUUUGCACAACAAACCCGUGACUUUAAACCGAUCCGUCUGGGAACAGAUCCUGCUUAUUUCUACACCGUUCAUUUUCUAAUAAUCGCUAUGAAGCUUCUGGAGAAUUCCUGUUUUGAGGCGUUAAACUCCCAGCUGUGUGUAGAGACUGGAGACGCUCGCAUCCUUGGCAGGAUAGAGAGUUACUCAUGCAAGAUGGCUGGUGAUGACAAACACAUGUUUAAGCAGUUCUGCCAGGAGGGGGAGCCACACGUACUGGAGGCUCUGUCACCACCACAGUCCAGCAGUGCUCCGAGUCCUAACCUAUUGGGGAAGAGCAGUGAGGAUGGAGAGAACCCACUAAGUGAUAAAUGUUGCAGGAAGACUCUGUUCUACCUCAUCACCACUCUGAACGAGUCAUUCCGGCCUGAUUACGACUUCAGUGCUGCCCGUGCCCAUGAGUUCAGCCGUGAGCCCAGCCUCAACUGGGUGGCUGACUCUGUUAACAGCAGCCUUUUUUCUGCUGUGGGGGAGCAGUUCAACUCUUUAGCGCCAGAACUGUGGAAUGCCAUUGACCAAGAGAUAAACCUGCAAAGCUGUGACAUCUAUAGCUACAACCCAGACCUUGACUCGGACCCCUUCGGUGAGGAAGGCAGCUUGUGGUCCUUCAACUACUUUUUUUACAACAAGAAACUUAAACGCAUUGUAUUCUUCACAUGCCGUUCAGUCAGUGUCCUCAGUAGUUAUGGUUGUGGUGGUCUUGACAAUGAGUUGGACAUGGAGCUGGAUGAUGAUGAAGAAGCAGAGAACUUCACAGAGGACAGGUUCCCCCGAGCCCUGUGUGUCUGAAUGCUUUCUCAGGGAUGACCUUCAGCCAAAGGGCCUCACUGUUAAACUCUCACUUCUACCUUCUAAGUCUUUCUUGAGUUCAUCAUCACUCUUUUUUUAUUUGUUUGUGCACUGUUUGCUUGGUUUUUUAGGGAGUUAAAUCUAUAGCUUUAUUUGCCCUUUCAAACCGAACACAGAGUAUGGCUGAAAAGAUUUUGGGAGGGGGGCUGAUUGUACAUGGCUUGACAUGAACUUCUAUGUCAAUGGGCUGAGACGCACACCAUAUAAAAGCUACAAUUGAAACCAUGAGUCCAGCCCUUCUGAGAAAAUGUGACUAUAGUAGCAUAACCAAACACCAGCAUUUCUGACAGCUGAAACAAGACAUGUGAGGACAUUCUUUUGAACAUAUAUUGGACUACAAAGACUAUAUAUGAGCCACCAUUUCUAGCCCCUUUUUUAUUGCUUCUCUUGAUGUUUUUGCUCUCUAAAUGUUUUCAUUAGUUGACCUUCUGUGUGCUUGUUGGAAGAUUGUUGUGUUUUAUAAGUUUAUUGUGUAAAAGCUUUUUAAAAUUUGUUUUUGGCAGACAGCUUUAUCUCAAACAACAAGUACAUUUCACCAGGAUGUGUUUCUAGGUAUUUGAUCCAUGAAUCUGGCAUGCUGUACAGAAAUGUGCAAUUUUACAGAUUUCAUGUUUAACAGAGCUGUCUUUAAACUUGAACAAAUGUUUUAUUGAAAUUGCUGAUGUUUUAGAAAUGAUCGAAAUCAGCGAAAUACUAUAUACACUGAUUGUAUCAUAAUUCAUACCAUUUGCAGGUUUUAUUUUCAUUUCUGCCAUUUUUUUGUCUUUCUGGUACGAAUUUAUCCAUGUAAGGGUUGUUAGCAUGACAUCUGUAGCUAUGUCAUUUCCAUUCAUCAGUAUUUAGACUGCUGCAUUAUAUAUGUAUUUUUACACUAUGAAUAAACCAACUGAUGUUAUGUUGGCGUAGCUGAAAGUUGCACCUACAAACCAAACAUUUUCAAAGCUGAAGUUUCUCAAUGUGUCAGUUUUCAUGAUAAAAAGAAAUGCAAACUGGCUUAUCGUGUUUUGACUGAAAGAUGUGUGAAUGAAAUGUGUUUUUGUAGCCAUUUUAGCAUUAAUACACAUUUACUGUAUUGUCAACUAUUUUAUGCAUUUCUGUGACCUUUAAAGAAAAUAUAUAUAUAAAGUUUUGUGUUGUUUAUC